UUUCCCUCCCUUUUCGCCUCACUCUUCCAGCCCUUCUUCCCUCAACUUUCCGAUCCUUUUCCCCUCACAUUUCCCUCCCUUUUCACCUCACUCUUCCAGCCCUUCUUCCCUCACAUUUCCAACCCUUUCCCCCUCACAUUUCCAUCCCGUAUUUCUCUCACCUUUUCCCACCCUUUUCCCUUCACCUUUCCCCCUCAUUCCCUCCCAGGCUCGCCCGUCUGGAGGCAGCAGAGGCGGCUCCUCACCCCGGCGCCGCCAUGGAUUGGUUCCACUGCUGUCGCUGCUUCCGCCAGGAUGGCGCCCGGUUCACCAUCACCAACUGCGGCCACAUCCUGUGCGAGGGCUGUGGGGGCACAGGUCCCUGCCCAGUCUGUGGCACCACCUGCCGCUACCUGCCCAUAUCCGAUCAGAUGCGCCCACAGGAGAAGGUUUUCUUCAAGAACCCAGUGGCCCUCGCCCUCAAGCACCUUGCCCACAUCACGCAGGUGUGGCGGUUCCAGACGUCACAGGCACAACUCCUGCUGGACUUGCACCGGGACAGAACUCGGCGGGUGCAGGCAGAGCUGGACAAGGCCAGAGAGGAGCUGGGGGAGAAGAAGAGGGAGCUGGAGUCACUUCGCCGGGAGAAUGAGGAGCUGCGCCGCAUGCAGCUCUCCCCAGGCUGGCGCUGGGGCAGCCGCAGCAGCACCCCCCGUCCCUCCCCCACACACUCAGUCACCCCCCAGCCCCGCCGGCAGCUCAGCAGUCAAGUGGUCAGCCGCUUGCCCCCAGUGGAGCCCCCCCAGUCCCACAGCACCCCGGGAUGGCAGGCUGGCGUAGCCUACAGAAAUUCAGGGGCCUCCAGCGUGGUGCCCCCCCUGGCUGGGACAAGCGAGGGACAGGGCUCUGCUUUGCGGCUGGCGAGGGGCGGGCGCUCCCAGUGGGAUCUCAACCCACGGCCCUAAAGGACAAAGAGGGACCCGAGGCUCCUGGACAGGAGCUCCGGGGCUUCCCUGGAGGUGGCCGGGAACAGAAGUUGUUA